AGAAAAGAGGAGUGGGCGCGUGAGAGUGUUUGAAGUGACGUCAUGGCACGGUGCCCCGUCCAUGUUUGGCGCAGAUGAAGUUUGUGUAAUCUCGACAAACUGUUGGCGCGGGUGACAAGUAGAGCUAACGCUAAUUGUUUGCUCAUAAAUUCAUUUCGUUUUAGGUCUUAUCCUGUCAGCGUAAAAUUAUCCAAGGUGUCCUUGCUUAAUUUGCCAUCAUUAUUUAGUUAACAUUAUCUUAAAAAUCUGAAAGACCAGAGCGGGUGGUUCUGGAUUUUUGACUCACUCAGAAUUGACGGCUAAUUAAAGGUUGUGAGUUGUGCAGUUAUCCAACAGCCCCACUAAAGUUAUUCUUGAAUGGGCUGCUGAGGGGAUUUAUCCCCGCAACUGAAAAAUAGACUUCUAAUUCUUCCGAAAGUGUAGCAUCGUCAGUCGUGUGGUCUCGUAUGAACCGUGUCGCGGCAGCAGCGAGGGGUCGGGGGCUCCUCAGGCAGACCCGGGCUUCAUGAUGAGGACGCCCAGAGGAGGACGCCUGUUUCUGGCGACGUGCCUCGGCUCGCUCUUCGUUCUCGUGCUUUACUUUCAGAGCAUCACCAAGCCAGAACCUGGUGUGAAGACUGGCAGCAGACCAGUGAAAAGCAGGAGUAGUCCGCUGCAGACCCUCUACCUUGGAGACCAGCAGCUGGAGCUAUUGGCAGUCCAGAGGUCCCUGCAAGGCCGCAGGGAGCUGAUGGAGCAGGCGUGUCUGAGCCACACAAAGAAGCGCAGAGUGCUUUCAUCUGAGGAUCUCAAACACCUCAUUGUGGAUGACAAACACAGCCUUAUUUACUGCUAUGUGCCCAAGGUAGCCUGCACCAAUUGGAAACGUGUCCUCAUGGUCCUCACCAGUGGCGGCCACUACACUGACCCCCUUGCCAUCCCCGCCCACGAGGCACACAUAGCAGGUAAUCUCCGCACACUCUCAGAGUUCUCUGUCCCUGAGAUUAACCACCGCCUUCGCACUUACCUCAAGUUCAUCUUUGUGCGGGAGCCCUUUGAGCGCCUGGUGUCGGCCUACCGGAACAAGUUCACCCGUAGCUACAAUACUGCUUUCCACAAGCGCUAUGGAACAAAGAUCAUUCGCAGGUACCGGCCCAACCCAGAGCCCGAAGCACUGAGAAAAGGAAAUGAUGUUUCUUUCCAUGAGUUUGUCCAGUAUCUCGUGGACCCUCUGACCCGCCGGGAGGAACCUUUCAACGAGCACUGGGAGCAGGUGCACUCCCUCUGCCACCCUUGUCUGAUCCACUAUGAUGUAGUGGGGAAGUAUGAGACCCUGGAGCCAGAUGCUCAGGCUGUGCUCCACUUAGCUGGAGUGGAGGGGACACUUCAGUUUCCAACAUCUGGUAAGAGCACUCGGACUGAUGGCAACAUGGCAGCAAGCUUCUUUAAGCACAUCAGUCCUUUCUACCAGAAGAAGCUCUUCAACCUGUAUAGAAUGGACUUCCUGCUCUUUAACUACUCCACACCAGAGUAUCUCAGGACUUGAUGAGAAGCCAAGAAAAGAGGAUGGAGUGCCUUGGAUGGAUCAGCUGUGAUACUUUUGCUUUCACAUCCUAUUCAGACUUUUUCAACAAUGAUAAUUUUGCACUUUUUUGCUGGCAUGGACUUUGUUUAUCCCUGCGAUAGGUGGUUCAUCACAGGCACAGAUUUGUCACUACUGCUCUCUGACAGAAAUGAAUGACUGUUGGAAAGAACUUGAUUUUCUGGUUUUGUUGAAUGGAACUUUAUAAAUGGAACCAAAUUUAUUCCUGAGAAGGAAAAGAGAGGGUGUUUAUGCUGUAGUCUUUCAAGUGUCUGUAAUAUUAGUUUGUUUUCAAGGUGAAAACAGUAUAUUGUUUUCACGUUUAGCAGAGCAGAAUGCAAAUGGGUUGUUCCCAAAAUGUGGCUGAAAAUGCAGGUGAUGUCACAAACAGGUCCUUUCUGUUGGGCCUUUAGUUUCAUUUAGAAUACAGUAUUUAUUUUUCGUUCAUCUGAUUUCUUACUUACACAUUACUUCGUCAAAUGAGCAAAGCUUUCUUCAACGUUUAGCUUUGUCUGUUAGGUGUGGUUGUUGUGUUGGCGUCAUAUACCUUACCAGCGUUCUGCAUUGCUCACUACAGUAAAUGGUAAACUUUCCCAUGGCUUUCUUUUUUUUUUGUCAAGAACUGAUGAGCCAAAAAUCUGUCGUACUUCAGAGGAGCAGGUUCUCCUCAGGCAAGUAAAUGUGCUGACUGUGAAAUUGAAUACAGGAUUAUUUCAAACCUACCGUUCAAUAUCUCUGGAAGGCCUUUAUUUAUGUGUCGGAGCAUAAAGUAUUUAUUGUAAAGUAGCAAGGAUUUGGGCCCAUAAUUUUGUGAAAAUGAAUUUUAUAUGAAAGAAUGAGGGGGUUUCUCCUUUCUGAAUGAAUACUUAAUUGUGCAGGAAAGUUAGUUGCUGUUUUUGCUUUUGCACAGAAACCAAAUAGAGCAACUCUAAAGUUAUUAUAUCACACUCAUCUUUACUUUUCUGAUCUGACCCUAGCUCAAAACAACAUUCAGGGCUAGUAGUUACCUUCCUUGUCACAGUGCUGGUUGACACUAUUUUGCACAUGUAAUUUCAAGGAUUCUUAAUUCUAGUAAAAGCUUGUAAUCUCUCCUGCUGUGAGCAGCUAGGCUGAACAAACAACCACAUGACUGUAGUCAGGGCAGGGCACUACCCCUGUUCAGAGCUCUCCUUGUUAGGGUGAACGCAGGCACAUGAGGGAUUAAUCAAUCCACAGUCAUCUCCACUGCAGGGCCUUGUUCAGGAAAUGUAGGAAAAUGUGUAUGAAUAUACUGUACUGCAGAAACAUCAGUGGAAACAAAUGUCCUUACACAGUUUAAAACAUUUAAAGGGAAUCUCCACCAAUUUUUACAGUAGUAUCUGUUUACAGGUGUUGGAUAAAAAAAAUUAAAAAAA